CAUUGACAUACAUAUACACCUAAUUUUGAGUGAUAGAAUAAUGGUAAUGAAUUGAAGUAGAUUUGGCUUCUUUAUAUAGUUUAAGGGGAAGAUGGAAACUGAUCUUAGAAAUCCAUUGAUGAAUUUCAAACAACAAAUGGCAGCCCAAAGACCAAAUCAGAUUAGUUUUAUUUGUUUCCAUUUAUUUCUUGCAUUGCUUCUUUUCUCUUACAUUGCUUCUUCUAAGACUCUUGUUACUUAUCUCCCUGGUUUUGAUGGUCACCUUCCCUUUUAUCUUGAAACUGGGUACAUAGGGGUGGGAGAAUCCAAUGAGUCGCAACUAUUCUACUAUUUUGUAGAGUCAGAAAGAAGCCCUUCACUUGACCCUCUGAUGCUUUGGCUCACUGGAGGCCCUGGUUGCUCUGUUCUCUCUGCCUUCUUCUACGAAAGUGGUCCUGUAGCAUUUAAUUAUUCUAAUUACAAUGGAAGUUUACCAUCCCUACAUUUGAAUCCUUUUGCAUGGACCCAGGGCAUGAAUAUAAUAUACGUAGAUGCACCAAUAGGCACUGGAUUCUCCUACUCUACAACCCAACAGAAUUACUAUGUUGAUGACAUCAAAUCCGCUGCCCAGACGUAUGCAUUUUUACAAAAGUGGUUACUUGACCAUCCUCAGUAUCUCACAAACCAACUAUUCAUUGGUGGAGAUUCUUAUUCUGGCAUUCCUCUUCCAAUUAUAGUUCAAAAUAUACUUUAUGGUAAUGAAGCUGGAGUUGCACCAACUAUGAAUCUGAAAGGAUAUGUGCUUGGGAACCCAAAGACGGAUUCGUUCAUUGAUGACAACUCAAGAGUUCCAUUUGCUCACGGAUUGACACUCAUAUCAGAUCAACUCUACAAGUCCACCAAGGAAGAUUGCAAUGGAGAUUAUGUGAACAUAAAUGCAACCAACACAGGCUGUGUUUCCGAUAUCAAUGCCAUUGACGAGUUGAUUCUUGAAAUAAAUCUAAUGCAAGUUCUGGAGCCAAUUUGCCAAACUGCAAAACCAAGAUCAACACAAGGCCUCAGAAGAAUAGAAGGAAGAAGAUCAGUCAAUGAAGAAGACCCUCAAAGUUUUUCCAUUUCCAGGCUUAAUACUGCAUAUUGGUGUCGGGAAUAUAACUAUGUGCUUUCUGGUGUUUGGGCUAAUGACAAACGGGUAAGGGAUGCUCUUCAAGUUCGUGAGAACACGACUGGAGUUUGGAAGAGGUGCAAUGCUUCCUUAGCCUAUACAAAGAAUGUCUUAAGCUCAGUUGAUUACCAUAGAAAUCUCAGCAAGCAGAGCCUUAGAGCUCUUAUAUACAGUGGUGAUCAUGACUUAUCCGUAACCCAUAUUGGCACACAAAGCUGGAUUCAUUUGCUUAAUUUGACAACCGAUGAAUAUUGGAGGCCAUGGUUUGUAGAUGGUCAAGUUGCUGGUUAUACAGAGAAGUACUUGAAUGGUGACUUCACUCUCAUUUAUGCUACUGUCAAGGGUGCAGGUCAUGUUGCUCCAGAGUACAAACCAAAGGAAUGUUAUUUCAUGAUUGAUCGCUUCUUUGCUUAUUUCCCUCUUUAAUGGAAAAUAAAGACAUUGGCUUUCCAAGCAUAAUGUUAUGUACUUAGCCUUAGGCUUUUUAUGUUCUCCAUUGCAACAUACAGUGCAUGGAGAAAAAAGAAUUUCUAGUUAAU